AUGUGCGAAGUCUUCAUCUACCAACACGUCAAGUGUAAAUGCAUCUGGGGCCAGGUCGCUUUCCCCUGUGGUCCGGGUAUGGGCUACACGACAUGUGGACAAUUUGGCAACGGCAUUGCAAAGCAGCCUCUUCGGCUCCAAAAGGCGGAACACCGUCCGUGUCCGACGCACGAUUUGUACGGGCUCUACGACCGCAACCAGAUGCGGGUAAUCAAGAAGAUCACACACGGCGUCAAGUUUGGGACAGGGCCAAGCAAACAGGACGCCGGGGUUGAAGUGUCUUGCUGCGCUGUCAUGUGA